CUUUAAAUAUCACCCAAAUCUCCUCUUCCGAAUCCUUCCAUUCCCCUGGCUUUAUCCCUUUCCCUCCACAUCUUUCUUACAGUACAUCAACAAGAACAUAUUCUCCAACAUUGUUCCCCCUUUCCCUAAAACGUUAACAACAUUUUUGUUAUCGAGUUUCCAAUUGUUCGCCCAGAUCAAUAACCAUCAAUUAAUGAUUCCAUCUUUCAACAACUUUGCACUUAUUUUAUUCUUUUUUACCACUCAAUAUAAACCCGUCUACACUUUUACUACCAUGCCUGAAAAACGCAACUUCUCCGCUUAUUCUCUCUCCACAGAUCAUCAACAACCUCCGAUCAUGGGAGGUGACACUAGUGAGAAUAAUAACGUUAACCGCAAUCACAAGAAAUUGCGAAGACUUCCUCAUGUGUUCAGCAAAGUUUUAGAGUUGCCGUUUGAUUCCGAUACCGAUGUGUUUAUCGAAGAACGGUGUGAUUGUUUUAAGUUUACGGUUGAAGAUGACGGCGGAGUUGUUGUUGCUGGUGGUGUUAGGGCUCAUGUAGUUGAGGUUCACCCUGGGAUUACUAAGGUUGUGAUUCGUAAGAAAGGGAAUAUGUCGCAGCCGAUCGUUGAUGAGAAUGAGCUUGACGUGUGGCGGUAUCGGCUUCCGUCGUCUGCGCGGCCGGAGCUUGCCACCGCGGUUUAUGCACGUGGGGAGCUUGUUGUGACGGUGCCUAAGAAUGGGUGGGGUGAGAAUAUUAGGAGAGGUGGUGGUGAUUGUAAAGGUGGUUUUAAGGGUAAUAUGGGAACUCUUAUUCUUGUUCAAUGAUUUGUUAAUUAUAAAUUCUGCACUAGCCUUCUUCCGGGUACACGUAGAGCGCGCAGGUGUAGGGCUAAUAAGGUUUUGAUCAAGAUGUUCUAUUAUCUCACCUCAAGAUCCCACAUUUUAAUUCUUUCAUUUUCUUCUUAUUACAUGUAUCAUGUGAUAUGAUAUGUAUGUAUCAAAUGUACGUGCCUCAAAUGAAAGUAAACUUUACAUUUUUCAAGCUAUUUUUA